UUUACUGCGUCGCCAGUUUAUCGUCGUCGUCGUUCGGGUGGUGAAGGAAAAACAUGUCCUGGGAUUGUCUACCGUUGGAGAUCUACGAGCAGAUCUUCCAAAAUCUCGACUUUUGGGACCGUAAACCAUUGUCCCUAGUGUGUCGUCGGUGGAACCAGGCCGUGUUUUCCCGUUCACUAUGCCGAAAUUUGUGCAUCGAGUUGAGCCGUGGAGACUGGGGGAAAAGCGGAGAUUUUGAACAGGUGGUAGUGGUGGACGAAGAAGUGGUGGAAGCUAGUGAGCGUGAUUAUCGAGUGGCUUAUGUGAAAUGGUGCAAAGAUUCGGAUCCGGAGGUUCUAGUGUCGAUAGAUCGGGUGUUGACAGAGUUGGAUGAAAAGUGCCAACUUGAAGGGCUAAUAAUCGACGCACCCCUCGGCCAGAUGUUAUCGGAUUUCUUCCGUACACAUGUAGAACUACUGGCGCGUAUUAAGAAGUUACAGGUGUCCACCGAGACGAUGGACAGUAGACUGAUAAUGGAUCGGUGUGUUCUGCAGAUGGAUCGACUGGAAACGUUGUUCUGGAGAGAAGUUGUGACAAAAGACCAGCUGCAAAAUAGGAAGCCACUGUUUAUGAUUGAUGCACCCAACCUUCAAUCCGCAGUGGUGAGAUUUGGCGAUUCCGAUUCUGAUAGUGGAAUCGUAUGGCAUAAUAGCUUCUUGGAACUGAACCGGAGUGUCAAUUUGAAAGCUUUGAAGGUUCAUCUGCAUCCAAGAAUGUGGAACGAUUUCUUCGAGCAGCGACUGGAUGCUUUAGAACAUCUGACCAUCUCCCACAAGACUCAAGAUUUACAGGUUCGUGAUUGGGACGCAAUGUUCUCCAAUAUGCCCAACUUGAAGUCGAUUCAAAUGUGGGAAGUCAACGACAUAAUUCUAGAAGCAAUAAAUCGCCAUUGUCUUCACCUUCGAGUUCUCCUGUUAGACAACGUAGAUUUAACCGGAGGAUUCCUCUCAGAAAAUAGAGUGUUCCCCCAAUUGGAACACCUCCGAUUGGAAACAGCAAAGAUACAGUCCAACAAGACUCUCCAUCUGCCCAUUCUCAAGCACCUCGAAUGGUUUAACGUAAAAAACCAAGGCGACCAGAUGUUGACCUUAGCCGCUCCGAUGCUUCGCACCCUUCGCCAGUCCAAGCAGGGCGUACCGGAUUUCGUCCUUACCAGUAAGUCUCCGCUGGAAAAGCUCCAACUCGACCUAUGCGCAUCGGACAUCCCAGCGCACUUCUUCCAGCCAUUCCCGAACAUGCGUGACCUGAGCAUCCGCAUCAGCUCGGCUUGUCCGGCAUUGGAUCGGAUGAUUCCGUACUUCCGCAACAUCACCGAGUUCAUUCUGAUUGCGUACAACGCGCCACUGCAGUGCGAUCAGAUGUUGAACCAAAUGUUCAACAGCUGCGAACGUGUCACCGCGCUGACCUUGUGUGGAUUCAACCCGAACUUGGAACUGUCCUUUCCGGUGUUUGCUCAAAUUUUCCGUAAUCGAAAUCUAAAGUCUUUGAAACUGUUCGGAUUGACCAUUACGGGGAACUCAUUCCCAGUGCAACUGCCACCGGAGCUGGAAACCUUUGAAAUGCGCAACGUCAAGGUGAUGGACAUUGCAUUCGGAGCGUAUGUCUUUCCUCCCGAUGAACCAUUUCGAGUGGUGUGCAAUAAGAGCGACGACUAUUGCUGCUACUUUUCCAAGGAUUGCGAUUGAAGGGUACGACUGUGCCGAGUGCUAAAACUAAAACAGGCUGUAACAUGCUAUGAGUAUGAUAUUUA